AUGAGCGAGGACCCUCCGAAUAUAAAAACACUUCGGACCUUCUUUGACUACACGAUCACGAAGCGUCGACAAUAUAUCGAUGCCGCCUCUACCCUGCAAACGUACUGGAACGUGUGGACAACGAUCCGGCGAGAAAAGUGCGGACUCGCAAUUCCGCCUCCCGUUAAAGAUAAGAUGAUUGGGGUGCGUGACCAAUUAGCAGAAGAACAUGGACUUCGCACAGAGAAAAGAAAGAAGCCGAUCCUUCGCUCCGAAGAUGUUUUCGAACUGCUAAAGGUGCUGUGGAAUGUUCGCCGCGAGGCAUGGGACCCGCUGCAGCUCGCUUUGAUUAUCCUACUGGCCGGCAUCACCGGUCAUCGCCCGGAUGCGCUGGUUACCAUGCUGCACAACGAUGUGGCCGUCACUUUGUUUCCCACAGAAAGGGAGCGACCCCAUAUGGUCUUGGAGAUCAAACCACACAAGACAAAACGGUACCGUGGACGGAAGAAGCAGAAUCCGACAUUAGGGAUCCCCGAGGUUCCCAGUGAACCGUGCCUACUGCUGUGUCCGAAGACUCUGCUCUUGGGACUUCUCUUGCGCAAGUCGGCCUUUCGCCACCUACAUAUAGAAUCCGCUACUCAGCUAUACCAUCUCAAAGUUCCCACAGAUGCCGGAUCACUUCCACUUCGACCGGCAGAUCCUGACGCUCGUCUCUUCGAUAUAUCCGCGGGUACACUGAACUCUUGGCUGAAGCGUCUUGGUGAGCUCGCUGGAUUCGAUCUUCCCAUCACUUCGUAUUGGCUCCGACGAGGGGCAGGGGAGGCGGUUAACAGUAGUAGUGAAAUCAGCGAGGCACAACAAAACCUGCUUCUACAGCACGCGUCAGGUUCUACAUAUCAGGACAGGUAUGCGCCGGAUUAUUUUCCGGUGGACUUCAGUGCAGCGUGGCGAGACCGCCCGCAGCAACACAAAGUGAUUCGAAUGGCGAGCGGUCAGAGCCGGUCAAUCAAUCUUCGCCGACCUGUGGAUCUCAGUCCAGCUCAAGAAACCGAAGCCGAAGCUCAGCCCGAAGUCCAACGCCGCAAGAGGCUCUGGCAGCAAGCCAAACACCAGGUGCAGCUAGAAUAUGGGACAUUUGCCAAUGGAAAGGGCACAGAGAUGUAUGAAAAAGCGCUCCGACAAAGGAACAGGUACCACACUGCCCACCAGGCCUCUCGUCGUGCCAUGAAGGAGACUCUUAGAGCCCGGUUCAACCAAGAACAGCCCGUUCAAGAUGUGAUACGCCAAAUUUAUGGUUUGCCCAUUAAGCCACAGACCCUGUGCGAGUCAGAUCCUACCCCACCAGAGCAGAAGCGUGCUUUUGCUCUUCUCUUUCGUUUUGCCCCUUCCUCAGAACGAGAGGAAACCGAGUGCAGAGCGGCAGCGGUCGACGCACUCUCACACGUUGGGCCGAGCCUUAAACGUCGCCUUCGAUCACUGCAGUCCGACCAGUCUACUUCUACAUGGAUGAACAAUGCCCUAUAUAAACAACGACACGUCAGAUUGAAUAGAAGGCAGUGUAUAUUUUGUUAUAUGUUUGGUAUCCGGGAACAGUCGUUCACCCGAGAUUCUAGCUUUGAACGGCAUGUUCGCCGGCACCACGACAAACAAAUACGAUGCCCCGAUCUUGCUUGUCAGAACGUCCUAAUAGGCCAUGUCGAUAUCACCAAUCACAUGAGAUACUUUCAUGGAGCCUAG